CUGCUCCUAUCAACAUGGCUUCUGUCAGUCGCACAAAGGCGAACCCUUUCUGCUGGAAAAAUGCGGUGUGAUUGAGGAGAGGGAGUGAGAGAGAGAGAGAGAGCCGGGGUGGGGGUUUCGGAGAAUGUCUGCUGCGUGUUCGGAGACGGGGCACCCGAGGAAACCCUUGCAGUAGGAGCGAUCUGUUAUCAAUCCAUUUAAAUGGUGUGGCGGACGGAGGCCCAGCACUUCCAGAAGAAGAAUGUCUCACUACACGGAGGAGCCUCGCUUCACCAUCGAGCAGAUCGAUCUGCUGCAGCGGCUGCGCAGGAGCGGAAUGACCAAGCGGGAGAUCCUGCACGCGCUGGACACGCUGGACCGGCUGGAGCGCGAGCACGUGCAAAAAUUUGGCCACCGUCACUCCUAUGGAGGAGGAGGCGGAGGAGGUGAAGGAGUGGCAGGAUCCGGGCCGGGAGGAGCCUCAGCAAAGUCCAGUAACAGUCACGGGAGCUCCAGCACCACUGGAGCCUCCAGUCACGCUCCAGCCUCAUCCUCCACCGCCUCUGUCUCCACGCAGACUGUUUUCCCUGGCAACGCUCUGUCCCCGCUGUCUAACAGUUAUGACACCUCCCCACCCCCCACAGUCACCAUGCCAAUGUCCUUGAUGGCGCCGCCGGCUCAGAAUGGACGGGACAGUUUGGUGCCUGUAAGCAACGGAACGCUCUCCCCACCCCAGUACCCUGUUAGCACCGCCCCAGUGAGGCCUUUUGGAUUUGAACCCGUCGAGGAGGAGGUGGACAUUGAUGACAAGGUGGAGGAGCUGAUGAGGAAGGACAGUAACAUCAUUAAAGAGGAAAUCAAAGCCUUCUUAGGGAGCCGGCGGAUUUCACAGGCUGUUGUUGCCCAAGUUACAGGUAUCAGUCAGAGCCGGAUCUCGCACUGGCUCCUGCAGCAGGGUUCGGACCUGAGUGAGCAGAAGAAGAGAGCGUUCUACCGUUGGUACCAGCUGGAGAAGACCACGCCUGGUGCUACUCUGGCGAUGCGUCCUGCUCCGGUGGCCCUGGAGGAGAUUGUGGAGUGGCAUCAGACAGCUCCCCCCAUCAGCUGCAGCCCUGGCAGCUUCCGCCUGCGCCGUGGCAGCCGUUUCACCUGGAGGAAAGAGUGCCUCGCUGUGAUGGAGAGCUACUUUAAUGAUAAUCAAUACCCUGAUGAGGCUAAGAGGGAGGAAAUAGCCAAUGCCUGCAAUGCAGUUAUACAGAAACCAGGAAAGAAGCUUUCUGAUCUAGAACGGGUCACGUCUCUAAAAGUGUACAACUGGUUUGCUAACCGGAGGAAGGAGAUAAAGAGAAGAGCCAAUAUAGAAGCAGCAAUCCUGGAGAGCCAUGGGAUCGAUGUGCAGAGCCCAGGGGGACAGUCCAACAGCGACGAGAUUGAUGGCAACGACUACAGCGAGCCAGCGGCCGAGCCGGGGUUAGGGCCGAGAGCAGUGGCCAGAGGCUUUGGUUUCAGCAGAGGGGACCUGUCCUCCCCCAUUCAGGUGCCCACUCUGCUUCCCGGCUGGUUGGCUGCCUGGCCGGGCCUGGGUCUGGGCCCAGGCAGGGCGGGGCCUCCCAGAGGGGCGGGGCCGGGCCGUCAGGGCAGUGGGGCGGGGCAGCAGGCGGAGAGCUCCAGACUGACCGCUGUCUCCUGGUCUCCCUCCUCCCCCCAGGAUGACGGCACGGGCCCCGGCGAGCACCAGGACCCCAUCACCCUGGCUGUGGAGAUGGCGGCGGUCAACCACACCAUCCUGGCGCUGGCCCAGCAGGGAAGGGGCAGCAACGACAUCAAGGCAGAGGUGCUCGACGACGACUGAGGACCCCUUCAUACACACACGCAAAUACAUACACACUCACAGUACUGUGCACAAGCCGUGGGCCAUCUGAGAGUAUUAUCAUAAAGGCUAUUUAUCUGGGCAGUGAGUAUUUCUUUGUAGGCACCAAUAUGGGGCCUGUGGGCCGAUGCUGAUAUCCAGUACUUUUCAUGUACAUAUCUGCAAUUACAUAAACAUUUGUAAAACGUAGAAAUCGGGAAGGCGUCUACCUGGAUUAGCAUUACAGAGAAGUGUAACAUCUACGUUUAUAGGGUUACAAAUACAGUAAAAUGAAUAAAAUGCAGACAUUUCAGCAUUUUAGGAGCUCAGCAUCACCAUAACAUUCUGCUCUUCCAGAGUGCAAUAAAUACCUCAUCAAAUGUCGCUUUGAAAUAUCGGUAAAUUCUAAACAUCUGUCUGAUGCUGAUCGCAUUUUUUCAGCAAUUGUCUGUUGACACCAAUAUGAUUACAAUAUUAUCAAGCAUACCUAUUUAUUGCUCUGAAAAAGGCUGUCAAUAAACAUACAUUCAGUAAAUUUGAUUUUAUUCCUGUCAGCGUCUCAACCAUUUCCAGACCUCUCCUCGAAUAAGCUCAGUAUUUGCAGUAACUAUUCAAUACCUCAACUAAGCAGUGCUUCAUUAAGUUAUAUUUCAUUAGGUUAUAUCAGGUGUCCCAGUGAUGGGAUUAAACAAAUCCAGGCUUUCAGUAACUCUUCUAGUAAUUCUUAUUACCUUUUAGUCUAUUAAUGCUUAUUUGUAUUUAUUCUAAUAGUAUAUAUGUUUUUUACAUGCAAAACAAAUGUAAUGUCCAGAUAAAUAGCUUUAAACAAUGUCCUUGGCUGGCCUAAGACUUGUACACCAUAUGGUACUACAUACCUUUCUGUACACUGUAUCUGCCAAAGGGGGAGAUGGGGUUAGGGUGGGGGCAGCGAAUGAUAUACGCUUUGUGUUUUUGAAGAGAGAUAAGAGUGGAAAUGCUGUGAUACGGCUGUGCGUGGGGCUUUGCUGCUGAUAACCAAAGCUGGUGCAGAGGUUUAGAGACAGAAACCCCACAUGACCCCCACCUACUUCCCUCCUACAACUGCCACCUCAGUACCAUAAUAUCCAUAUGGUGCCCCACCAAAAGUCCUCAGUCACAAUAUAUGCUCCAUGACUAAAGUCAGAUAAACAGAAGCUUAAAGCUUUAA